UGUUAAAUUAUAUACCACCUCAUUUGUGGCGCAUCGCAAAGUCUCAGUGAUAAAUUAGGAUUUAGUAGGGGGCAGAAAUACGAACACGUUUUGAAGAAUAUAUUGGCUCCAACUGGAUAAAGCAAGAGUAGUUAUUGCAUCUUCGCGAGCAGAAUAAGCUCAAUUCACUGUGCCUGUGGUGUUCCGGGUCGUUGGCGAGUCAGCACUGAGUUGUGUAAUGAAGGGCAAGAAUGAGGUGAUAGAUUAGUAAGAGUGAAGCAGAUGGUUCUCUUGAUAUCAUGUUUGACUUGAAUAUUGGUCAAAUAGGGAUGCCAAAUUCACGCGUGUCAAGUGUGUUGGUGAGUGACUUCCGUUGUUUUGGGUGGCACAAGGGUUGUGGGUAUGAGAAGAAAGGACAGGCACCGCAUGACCUUGCGCUAAAGACGGUCAUUCUAUCGGUAGACAGUGCUUUUUAAGUAGCCCGAUUUGUUCACUUUUAUAUAAACGUUCAUCAAGUAUCAAGCAAGGGGCAAAAAUGGAUUUCCUGGAAAGAGAUGACUCCCAAGUCGCGGCGUUCUUUGCCAAUAGAACAGUUCUCAUCACUGGUGGCACAGGCUUCAUUGGAAAGCUCCUUAUAGAAAAGCUUCUACGCUCCUGUCCUGCUAUUGGCCAGAUUUUUGUUAUCAUCAGAGAAAAACGAGGAGCAAGCGUCCAGCAGCGCCUUAAUAGCAUUCUCAGUGAACAGAUAUUUGAAGGUUUGUUGUCCCGUCGCCCAGAAGCCCGCUCACGAGUCAGCGCUCUAGCUGGCGACAUAGAGAAGCGUUUUCUUGGUCUUUCCGAUAAGGAUCUACGCAGGGUCCAGUCUGAGGUCGAAAUUGUCAUCCACUCAGCAGCAACAGUUAAAUUCAAUGAACCGUUGGUGGCAGCUGUUCGUGUAAACGUAGGGGCCACUGCCAACAUGGUGGAACUUUGCCGUAAUCUGCAGAAACUCUGCUCUUUCGUUCACGUUUCCACUGCGUACGUUAACGUCAAUCAACCGUCAGAGCCAAGAAUUAAAGAAUGUAUAUACCCAUUUGAUCUAAGAGCAGAUGAUUUGUUAGAGUUAACGGCACGCCUGCCACCGGCAGCUAUGGAAGCCGCUACCCCGCAUCUUCUCGGCGCCUACCCAAACACAUAUACUUUUACUAAACGUCUCGCCGAAGAGCUCGUUUUUGAGUCUGGACUCCCUGCAGCAAUCGUGCGGCCUUCCGUAGUCGUUGCCACAGCCAAAGAACCCUUUCCAGGCUGGAUUGAUAAUAUUAACGGGCCGACAGGAUUUUUCCUGGCAUUGGGUACAGGGUCUUUGACUGCCGUCUAUGCGAAUUCGAACACGAAGGUUGACCUCAUACCUGCAGACCUGGUUGUCAACUGUAUCAUCGUUGCUGCUUUCAAGCGUGCGACAACUAAAACGGAUAGAAGAAACCGUUCGGUGCCUAUAAUUCACUCCUGUCUUGGAAGAGUGAUGAGUCUUUCAGGACAGGAAAUGCAACUCUGCUCCUAUCGGAUUGUAGCUACUCACCCUCUUAUAUAUUGUAUUAGAUUUCCACAUACAGUUGUGUGCAGCAAUCUGUGGGAGUUUCGACUUAGAAUGUUGCUAUUCCAUCGGUUGCCUAUGGAGAUAGCAGAUUUUUUACUGUGCCGAGUGGCAGGAAAACAACUCCCACUGCGGAAACUUUAUGCUCGAAUGACAGCGGGCUUGGACGCUCUUAGCUUCUUUUUCCACCAAGACUGGGAUUUCAUGACAUCAAGCGCCAUGGAAAUGCAAGAAUCGCUUGGAGAUACCGACCGCUAUCUUUUCCCGAUUGUUGCCUCGGAUGACUUCAAAUGGGACUAUUUUUUGAAAGUGUAUCUCUUCAGCAUUAAGUACUUCAUCUUACAUGAGGAUUUAACCACAACAGCAGCGGCGCUCGCCUGGAGGAAAAAACUGGCUGUAAUUCAUUAUGGGUCACAUUUGUUGACUGCGUUUAUUGUCAUCAAAUUGCUUGUCUCAUUCAUCGAGUUCAUCAUUGGAUUCAAUAUGUAUAUAUUUUAAUAUAUACGUAUAUAAAUAUAAUAUCGGAGAUGGUGAUAUGGCUAAUUUAUGACUCUUUGGCAAAUCAUCGACGCGGCUUUCUUUUCUGUAUUCUACUAUUUCGCAUCCAUGAAAAUUAAAUAAUAGGGCCCGUUCAACGUCCAUUCUGUUGAUCUGGUUUUGUGACAUAUGAAAGGCGAACACCAAUUACGUUAUUAGACAUAUAUAUUUUCUCAAAAAGCUCCUAUCAACAAAUGUAGGCGUUGUGUCUAACACGCAACGAUACACAAAUAGAUUUUCUUUGAUAGCCAGCCAGACUUGGUACACAUUCGUAUAUUGCCGAUGGCAGUGUGUUCUGUAUACGUCUAGCACGGGGAUGAAUAAAUGGCCCUUUAAGAUGGAGCAAACACAGACUAACAACUGAAUAAGAGUGAGCUCUCAGUUAAAAAAAAAAAUGGGCUCACGUUUAGUGAAAAGUUAGUUACACAGUUGAAGCAGCAUCGAACUAACUUUUUCCUAACUCAGAGCUAAUUUUUUCUUGCCCAUGAACUUAACUACUAACCCCUACUGUACCGCAGAAGCCAGCAAUAUAUAAGGCGCUUACGAAUGCAGCAAGCCAACAUUGCAAUUUGCUUAUACACUGUUAAAGGUACUUCGGCAGAAACUACACCAAAUAAUCAAAUGCAAUAUGAAAUAUCAGUAAAAAGUAAUAAAAUGUUUUGGAGAUAAAAUAAAAAUGGGAUAUAAACUUAGAUUAUUAUAGCGAGAGUUCUAAAGGACCAAAAAACACGUUUAAGUUCAUGUAUGUAUACUCAUGUGCUUAAUGGCAUGUUCAGAGCUGUGCCCAAAUACGCUUAACUUUGUCACAGACAACUUAACAUAUAUACUCUAAAGAUUUUGGGUUAACAGUUACAUUCCAAUUUAAUUACAAAUUGUCCAACCUAUUAUGAUAGUUUGUAAAACAUUUACAAAGUUUCAUCAUAAAAUAGUUAUUGUGCAAUCAAGUCUCUAAAUUGAGUAAAUAACAUAUACGAGAAUAACCUUUGAAGAUGACAAAUGAUAUCGACCGCUGUUAAAAGAAAAUAUACAAUUUUUUUCGUUCUCGUAUCUCUAAAUAAUUGUAUGUCAAUGUUAUCAUUUGAUUUGUCGUAUCUCGGUAGUCUACGUGUAAUCUGUGAUUUUAGGCUAAUCUGUCAAUAUAAUAAUUAUAGUACCGAAACCAAAAUGUAAUACAUGACGGAUGUAUUAUACAUGUGCAUUUUGCAUUGUCUUUCUCGGCUUAAUAAAAAAAGUGAA